GCAGCCCUGUUCCAACGGAAACGAGCCAAGCAGCGCGAACGAGCAACGAAACGCGUCUAGGUACGGAGAAGAGUAUGUAUGUAUCGCGAGGCCUUCCGUGUUGCGCGUGAAUGAAUGAUGUUCGACGGUACGGGGAGGUGAGCGACCGACACGGAACAUCAUCGUCGACGAGCGGCAGUGUGUGGCGAACAGUGGCGUUGGUGAUAUGCCAAUAAUUAGCGUUCGUGACUCCGAUGGACGUCCCGCGCUCAUAGAGUCAACUGCCGCCGACGCUACGCCGAUCAGCAUACGCUCGUCUCGGGAUCACUGAAGAUUACAGAGAAUACAGUGUAGCAAAAUGAGUACAGCAAUGGAGAAUGGGGCUGGUGAUAGCGGUCCAAAGCAGAAAACCAUCGAAGGCAUCUACCAGAAAAAAUCUCAGUUGGAACAUAUCUUGUUGCGUCCAGAUACUUACAUCGGUUCAGUGGAACCAGUAACAGAAAUGAUGUGGAUUUUUGAUAAAGAGAAAGAUAUGAUGGUACAGAAGGAUAUCAAGUAUGUUCCUGGAUUAUACAAAAUUUUUGACGAGAUCCUGGUAAAUGCUGCUGAUAAUAAACAACGUGAUCCUAAAAUGGAUAUGAUCAAAAUUGAUAUUGAUUCUGAAAAUAAUACUAUUUCUGUGUGGAACAACGGAAAAGGUAUCCCUGUUGUGAUACACAAGGAAGAGAAUAUGUAUGUACCUACCAUGAUAUUUGGUCAUCUUUUGACAUCAUCAAAUUAUGAUGAUGAAGAGGAAAAAGUGACCGGUGGGAGAAACGGUUAUGGUGCCAAAUUGUGUAAUAUCUUUAGCCAUCGUUUUACUGUUGAGACUGCGACGAAAGAAUAUAGAAAAUCUUUAAAGCAAACAUGGGGUAAUAAUAUGGGAAAAGCUAGCGAACCGAGGAUCAAAGAAUAUCACGGCGAGGAUUUUACUAAGGUCACAUUUUCGCCGGACUUAUCAAAGUUCAAAAUGCAAUCGCUAGAUGAAGAUAUUGUAGCUCUUAUGUCCCGAAGAGCGUAUGAUGUGGCUGCCUCUUCGAAAGGCGUUAAAGUUUAUUUGAACGGUACUCGAGUUCCAGUGAAGAAUUUUAAAGAUUACAUUGAUUUUUACAUCAAGGGGAAAGAGGAUGACGUUGGUAAUCCACUGAAAAUUAUAUACGAGAAUUGCGGGCCACGCUGGGAAGUGGCUAUUACUUUAUCUGACAAAGGGUUCCAACAAAUGUCAUUUGUGAACAGUAUCGCUACAACGAAGGGUGGGAGACACGUCGAUCAUGUAACAGAGUUAAUAGUUAAGCAGUUGAUCGAGACGUUGAAGAAGAAGAAUAAAGCCGGUGUGGCCAUCAAGCCGUUUCAAAUCAAGAAUCACUUGUGGAUCUUCAUUAACUGUCUCAUCAACAAUCCCACGUUCGAUUCUCAGACUAAAGAGAACAUGACCCUACAGGCGAAGAGUUUUGGCUCCAAGUGUACACUCACCGACAAGUUUAUCGCUAACAUCACCAAAAUCGGCAUCGUAGAAGCAGUGUUGACUUGGGCGAAAUUCAAAGCUGACAGCCAGCUUCAGAAGUUAGGUCCUAAGUCGAAGCAAAGAAAACUUCAAGGUAUCCCCAAGUUGGAAGACGCCAACGAUGCAGGAACCGGCAAAUCGUUGGAGUGCACUCUCAUAUUAACCGAGGGAGAUUCAGCCAAAACAAUGGCUGUGUCCGGUAUCGCCUCCAUAGGUAGAGACAAAUACGGCAUAUUUCCAUUGAGAGGUAAAAUGUUAAACGUGAGAGAAGCCACGCACAAACAAAUCCUGGAGAACGCCGAGAUCAACAAUUUGAUAAAGAUUCUCGGUCUUCAAUACAAGAAGAAGUACGAGACCCGAGAUGAUCUAAAGACGUUACGCUACGGAAAGAUGAUGAUCAUGACCGAUCAAGAUCAGGACGGUUCGCAUAUCAAAGGUCUCUUGAUUAACUUCAUCCAUCACAACUGGCCGUCGCUAUUGAAACUGAACUUUAUCGAAGAGUUCAUCACGCCUAUUGUGAAGGCCACCAAGGGCAAUCAGCAAUUAUCAUUCUUUUCACUACCAGAAUUCGAGAUGUGGAAGAAGGAAACGGACAAUUUUCACACGUACAAAAUCAAAUACUACAAAGGUUUGGGUACUUCCACUGCCAAAGAGGCAAAGGAGUACUUCGAGAAUAUGGCCAGGCACCGAAUACGUUUCCGGUACGACGGUGAACAGGACGACCAGAACAUUAUUAUGGCGUUCAGCAAGAAAUGCGUAGAUCAACGCAAAGACUGGCUAAUGAAUCAUAUGAAUGAGACAAAAAGGCGGAAGGAGAUCGGUCUUAGCGAGCGUUAUCUCUACGAGAAGGACACGCGUGCUGUCUCCUUUUCGGAUUUCAUCAACGUCGAGCUGGUGUUGUACAGCAAUUACGACAACGUGAGGUCUAUUCCAAACAUGAUCGAUGGCUUCAAACCGGGCCAGAGGAAGGUGAUGUUCACUUGCUUGAAGCGCAACGACCGACGCGAAGUGAAAGUGGCACAAUUGGCAGGUUCGGUCGCCGAGCACUCGGCGUACCAUCACGGCGAGACGUCCUUGAUGGCGACUAUAAUCAAUCUCGCGCAGAAUUUUGUCGGCAGCAACAACAUCAAUCUGCUGCAGCCCAUCGGUCAGUUCGGCACAAGACUGGCCGGAGGAAAGGACGCCGCCAGUCCAAGAUAUAUUUUCACUAUGCUCAGCCCACUGGCGAGGUAUAUAUUCCACAAACACGAUGAUGCGCUCUUGAAACAUGAAUACGACGAUAAUCAAAAGAUCGAGCCUGUCUUUUAUAUACCGGUGAUCCCUAUGGUGCUGGUGAACGGAGCCGACGGUAUCGGCACCGGCUGGAUGACGAAGAUUCCAAAUUACAAUCCGCGGGAGAUCAUCGAGAACUUGCAGAGGAUGAUGGAUGGCAUCGAUCCGAAACCCAUGACGCCGUAUUACAAAAAUUUCAAAGGCGUCGUGGAGAGCUGCGGGGACUUCCGUUAUGUCAUAAGCGGAGAGAUAUCGGUGAUAGGACCGGACAAGUUGGAGAUCACCGAGCUUCCCAUUGGCACGUGGACGCAGACUUACAAGGAAACCGUGUUGGAACCCAUGUUGCACGGAUCCGACAAGACGCCAGCCGUCAUCACGGACUACAAGGAAUAUAACACAGACACAGCGGUGCACUUCAUAGUGAUGUUGAAUCGUGACAAAUUGCUGGAGCUGGAGAAAGACGGUCUUCACAAAGCGUUCAAGAUCCAAACAACGAUGACAAUAACAUCCAUGUGCGCCUUCGACGAGAAUCAAUGCCUGAACAAGUACGACAGCGUGAUACAGAUACUGAAGAGAUUCUACAAGGUACGAAUGGAUACGUAUCACAAGAGGAAAGAUUACCUGGAGGGUGUUUUGCAAGCGGAGGCGGCGAAGCUGUCGAAUCAAGCGCGCUUCAUCCUGGAGAAAUGCGACGGCACGUUGGUGAUCGAGAACAAGAAGAAGAAGGACAUGAUCGCGGAAUUAGUCCGGCGCAAUUAUGAGUCGGACCCGGUGGUAGCGUGGAAACUGUCGCAGAACAGGGAGCAAGUGCUGGAGGAAGUCGCGGAGAACGAUGAUGAGAACGCCGCGGCUGCAACCGCCAUCACGAUGGAGAGCGAAAAUUUCGAUUACCUUCUCGGAAUGACUAUGUGGACUCUGACGAAGGAGAAGAAGGACGAUUUGCUGCGGCAACGGGAUGAGAAGGUGGCAGAGCUGAAGAGACUGCAAGCUCGCACACCAAUUUCUUUGUGGAAAGAGGAUCUAGACAAUCUAUUGAGCGAGUUAAAUAAGCUGGAAGAGAAGGAACGGAAAGAGGAAAACAAAUCGAAGCAAACUGUUAAGAAGCCGCCCUCGAAGUUCUACAAGGAGGACACUCGUCGCAUAGUGCCAGUCAUUGACGUUGAGUUGAAGAAGAAGAUCGAAAAAGCCGACAUAGUGUCGAAAGACAAGAAAGAGGGUAUAAAGAAACCGCGGGUGAAGAAGGAGCUAAUCUCACCGGAGGAAAAAGACGAGUUCGAUGCAUUAAUUGAGUCUAAUUCGAAGCCACUCGACGACAGGCUUGGAAUUUCCCCAGAGAAGAUUGAAAAGAAGGCUGGAAAGAAAGGAAUGAAGCAGUCGACGUUGCCGUUCAAGCCAAUAAAGAAGAAGAAAGAUAAGGACUCGGACGACAGUGACAACAUCGAUUUCGGUAGUAUUUCGCCACCUCCACCACGCACGUCCCGCAGAUCCGCAGUCAAAAAGAAGUAUACCGUGAGCAGUGACGAUUCGGACGACAGUCUCGAGAUAUUAAGUCCUUCCGAUUCCGAGCCAGCGAACAAGCAAAAAGUUAUGAUGCUGAGCGAUUCGGACGACAAUUUCAAACCCGCCAAGAAACCACACCAGCCAGCCCCGAGCUCAGAGGAGCUUUUCGACUCGUUGGUCGGCAAUUCUUCUCCAGAGAAGCAGGCGAAACCCGUGAUAUCCUCAUCCGGGGAAGACUCACCUGUAAAAUUCACGCCACCUAAAAAAGCACCCGCGAAAAAGAAGACUGAAAACGGCGGUGGCAAAGCAACGAAGAGGCAGGUGAAGAAGAAAUCAAAGUCAUCAGACUCCGAAACGGACGACAUCUUCGUUAAACAAAAUCCUCCGAAGAAGAAGAAGAAGAAAUCCGACUCUGAGGACGAUAUCAUGACCGACGAUUUACCGCCACCCCGGAAGACCGCCGGGCGAGUGCGUAAGCCGGUGUCUUACGCUCUGAAAUCGGACGACGAGGACUCCGAUUGAACGUUCUUAUGUCGUGCUGUGAAAGUGCCAGAAAGACGAUGCAAUUAGCUAAGAAGAGCAGUGGAUUCGGAGCCAAGAUCGAACUUUUUCGCAGGUCGUUCUCGAGAAACAAAUAUAUCUCUAAUAAAUGUAUCUCUUGAGGAAGUGUAUUAAGGAAUUCUCCGAAGAACUUUCGUAUGGCGAUCGCGUUCGCGACGCUAAUUAGUAAUUUUAACCAGGAGAGGACGUUUCGUCGUGCAGGAUCUGCCGAACACAUUUUAGGGGAAAUCUUCGUAUUUCGUAUCGUAUUUCGGACGGAAAGGAGGAAAGGAAAUGAAGAAGGAAAACAGAAAAGUAGUAGUCGUAUGAACGUAGAUCUGCGCGAGACAAAUUUCGGAUCCGCGUUCGUGCACACAUUUCACUUUUUACUCGAAUGAUAAUUAUUGCAAUUCGCUAGAGCGGACGCAAUAUUCGAAUUCGCGUAUUCUUGGAGUAUUCUUGAGAUACACCGAAUCCCCUUGUACAUAAAUGUGCAUCGCUCGGGUGUGCGUGUAGCGUUGUGGAAAUGUGUAAAACUGCAAACACCGUGGACGGUGCUGUUGGAUGUGCUCAGAAUACUUCAGUCUCAUUGCGCGCGCAGUUGGAAGUAUCCUCUCGUAUUACGAGAAGAAGAAAGAAGAGAAACACAUGUGAACUUCGCGAAGAGAGAUCACAAAUGUUACACUGUCGCGAUAUAUCAUUUCGUACGUUAAUUAGACGUUUAGCGUACUUUUCGCGACUUUUUUUCUUUUUCUCAAAAACUCGCGAGAAAUACGACAUGCUCGACGUGCCCCAUCGCGAAGGGAACAUCCGGCGCCACCUGCGUUAUUAGGUAGACUAAUUAUAUAUCACAGCGCAAUGCAGAGGAAACAUACAAUUAACUCUUCGGAUCUCAGAUCUCAUUGUCAUCGCACACGCUCGAAACUCGUACAUACGUUUACUUAGUACUACAAUAAUGCCACAGGAAUCUCGUUUGUGCAAUUCGUGCGCAUCGAAGAUAAGCGGAGGAUAAAACGAGACACGAACGAGAAUGAAAAGAUACAGGAACGAAAGUCUGGAGAAGGAAACAUUUUAUAAGAAAGAAAUAAGAGAAAAGAAAAAACGAACAAAAUGAGAUACACAAUUCUGAGAUAUAUUUUUACAUACGUCACAAGAUACGGAUUUUUCUUUGAGGUUGUGUGUAAUAACUAAAGAAAUUACAACGGUAAAUGUCUAUUAUACAUAUGUAUACCCACACACAUAGGAUGAAUAUAGCGACUAUAUGCGGCGCUCAAUAUUAAAUAAGUUAAGGGAAACAGUCUGACGUUCACUUUUAAGCUUCAUAUGGAUUACCUGACACACAUGUGGUAUAAAAUAAUCGGUUCACUUCGUGCUCGUGUUUCAUUCAUAUAAUGAAAAUACGUUUCAUGAUAAUGAAAGAGAAAGAAGAGAAACUUCUAGAUCGUCAGACACUGAAUGAGAGUAGCCGUGUAUGUACACGAUUCUCGCUGCGACGAGAUCGUACAGGUCGAAGUUGAAGCGAACAGUCGGCAGGAAGAUCGAGGGAAGACUAAGAUACGAGAAUCGGAAGUUAAUUGGUUUCCUCGGUAUGAUCAUCGUACGUUCUUCUGUUUCUUUUGUUUCCGUGCAAUUUAUCCUCGAAUUAGAGAGAACUGGAAAAGAAAAAGAGGAGAGGAAAGGAAACAGAAAAUUUGAGGAGACUCGUUAACUUCGGCGUGUAUUAUUGAUGUUCAUUGAGAAUUGAAUACUCCGACUGUAUUAUACUAACAUUAUAGUUCUGUGUAUGCGCGUAGUUUGUCCAUUUCAUAGAAUAAGAAUGGAAAGGAUCAUUGUGAUUGCAGUUAGCGACGUUUUCGAUCACAAUUUGCUACCUACUGAAAGGCGAACGUCCUAUAUGACAAAGUAGUAGCCGAAUAUAUGAAUUUCCGUAAGACACCCGAUCGGCUAAAACCCUCAGCCUAAUUCUUUUCCACACCGCGCAUCUCUUCAGCGAUUUUCAUUUUUAUAUAAUUCACAUACAUAAAUACAUAAUAAAAUGUUCUAUCUUUUUAGACACUCGGCGAUUCAUUGCUCGACGAACCACCGCUCGAUAACACGAAAGAGAAACAAAAAGAAGGAAGAAAAAAAUAUGAGAAUCGAACAAAAUCUUAAACAAAAUACAGCAAGGGACACACAGUGGCUCAUAUUUAAUCAGCUUACUAACUCUCUCUCGACACAGUUCUUUUUUAUACACAAAUAUAUGAAUUUAUUGCUACAAUAUUUCACACACUAUCCUCGAUGCGACAUCUUUUUUCUUUUUUUUUUUCUUUUUUCCUUUUUCAUUUGUGAGGAAAACUCACGACUUGCUUAUGUGCAGAGGUGAUCGAAAAAGAGAACAAUGUUUGAUCUUAUUGUGACAAUUGCGACAGUGUACAGAUCGUAGUGAUACUUUAACAAAUAGGAAGAUACUUGUCUAUA